AUGAUCCAAGCACUGUCAUUCUCAUCAACCAGGAUGUUAUCGCCUGUUGCGUCCCCGCCAACGAUGUCGGUGUGCACGGCACCAUCAGGAGCUGGGUUCGCAUCGGCUUGUGCGCGGUUAUGGUGUCCGGCAGUGCAAAGUGCAAUGUGGUGGCGGUUUGGUGGCGGGGCACCGCCGGGCGGUCGCACCAUUUACCUCCUCCGCUCCGCUGGAGCCUCUUCAAUGGCCGACCGCGAGCGUAAGCGAUGA